AUGCGUUGUGGUGGUGGUGGUGGUGACAAAUGCAAUGGUCGGGUGAGAUAUCAGGCACAGCAGCCCCAAUUCCCGCGUAUAUACUUGAGCGCCGUCCUAGACGAUCAGCCUCGCCGAGAGUCUGAUGCUGUAAUCGAGCGGGUGGCUCGCGUAGCUUCCAGUCUCGACAUGGGACGCGGACGGGCGAGAUUUGUAGAAUACCCAUGUCUACCAUCACAUCUGAAAGGAGAGCGGACGCAUGGCAGCGGUAUCGGAUUCGGAUCCAUCUCAGCAUAUUUGUUGGAAGAGAAGCAGGUACGCGGAGAGACGGCGGCGCGGGAGCGUCGGGCAUAUGAUGCUAUUGCUCUCAUCCAAUCAGCGGUGAGCCCGAGAACUCGGAACUCCAUCGCUUACGCACUCCUGAAACGUCAUCCAUCGUUGGUGAUCACACUGCAGGAUAGGCUCAGGUACAAGAUCUCGGUGUUGCGAGAGUGCCGCUCUCCAAAUUCCUAUCCUGACAGCAGAACAGCGCCUAAUGAUCACCUCUGGAGCUCAAGAUCCAAUCCGAGCGAUGCCGGUACACACAGCACUGUGAGAGACGGGUACAGUCUUGCGUAUGCACCAGAUGUCAUAUCCGUAGAGGAAGCCGGAAGCGCUCCACGCAUGUACACCGGACACACAGCCCAGAGAGUAGACAUGCUGGGGUUUGGAAUCAGUUCCCGAGGCGGCAAGGUAAUGACAGUUGCCUGGUUCAAUGAGCGACAAAGAAAGGUGCGGAACGGGCCAGCAAAUACACCUUCGAGCUUGGACAUAGAUAUCGUUACGGAGACACGCCGGUGUAAAAUGAGAUUUCGAAAAGACAAGUCCAAGGCUGGUGUUUGCCGAAAGAGCUUGGGAUUUGAGUCAGCAUCAGCAGCAGCAGGAAAGAGCAAGAACAACACGAAAGUCCUGAAUGUCGAUAUCAGCCUUGAUUGGGCGGCUGUUAAUGUUUGCUGCCAGCCCUGUAAUAAGCCCAUGUGA